CAAACAGAUAAACUAGAAUCAACUUCGAGAUACGACUGUUUGUCGUGGACUUUCCAUCAUUACUUUCUUCAUAAUGCUCCGCCCUCCGGAUCCAUGAGAAACAACAAAGCGUCUAGACCAUUCACGCGCCCAUGGAGGCUGAUUGGGAUGAAAUCACUCGCAUCGCGGUGCCAUCGUCGGGAUUGCAUGCAAUUCCUACCCCUGCCAGUGCGGUCGCUUUUGAUGACCUCCAAGAAUUAAUAUGGGUUGGUAAUGAUCAGGGCCGGGUCACAUCAUUUUAUGGCCGCGACCUCCAAAGAUAUGUUUCGGUCAAAGCUCAUUUGGGUGAAGGCCCGGUCAAACAACUAUUGGUCCAUGAAAAGGGUAUCAUAUCUUUAUCAACAUCUAGUGUUCAUUUCAUCACCCGACGAGGCUUGACGCAAUGGCAUAUCUCGCAUCGGCUGAUGAACAGUUUACGGUGUAUGACGUUUGCCGCAACAAACAAUCUUAUCCUGGUUGCCGGAUGUCAAAGUACCUUCUUCAUCAUCGAUAUCGAGAAAGGUCAAAUUAUCUCCGAACACGCCUCCGAGGCCAAAUAUACUCUGAUGAAGAAAUGGCGACAUAUUUGCGCCGCCACCGACGACGGUAAUGUCCACGUCCUUAACCUGUCAGACUAUUCAGUCAUCAAGAAAUGGAAGGCUCAUUCAACUGCCAUCAAUGACAUGGAUGCUCGGAACGAUUUUUUGGUCACAUGUGGCUUCUCAGUUCGUCAAUUGGGUGUCCCGAUUGUCGAUCCUCUGGCCAAUGUCUAUGAUCUGAAGAUGUUGACCUCGCUUCCGCCAAUUCCAUUUCAUGCGGGCGCCGCAUACGUGCGUUUACAUCCGAAGCUACAAACAACUGGGUUCGUCGCGUCGCAAACAGGCCAAAUGCAGGUGGUGGACCUGAUGAACCCAGUCAAUGUUAUGCUCAAACAAGCAAACGUUCAAUUCAUGCUUGGGAUGGAGAUUGCGUCUUCUGGGGAUGCGGUCGUCAUCACUGACACCAAUGGCCUGCUAUAUCUCUGGGGCUCACCCUCUAAAGUCAGGUUUAACAAUAUAAGUCAGAAAACCGAGUUCGCCGACCCGUUGCCUCAACAAAUUCCUCACGUUGAUUGGAACGACUCGCCACUAAACUCGAUCGGAAUGCCUUACUAUUCCGAACCUUUACUUUCCGCAUGGCCUAGCCACAUGGUCUUUGAGGUUGGAUCACCACCUCCGCCGGUAGAAUCUUCACUUCUUUUUCAUCUGCAACCGGCCGAAAUGGGGCACUAUGCCCCUAACAUUAACCCGCGAAAACUGCUGCGACACCAAGUUGAAGAUACCAGAGCGAGUCAUACACCGGCCACCAUUGCAGUUCCGAAGUUCUUGAGUGAGAAAGCCAAAGAAUCAACCUCAGAUGGUCCCGGUAGCAAACUAUCAGAUGCAGCCGAAGUUUUGGCAGGAGUCUCGCUGAAUGGUCGUGCUCAAACUGACGAGGAACGGAUGCUAAAAUAUAGCAACGUCGAAAUCAAAUACAGCAGAUUUGGUGUAGACGAUUUUGAUUUUCGGUUCUACAACAAAACGCCGUAUUCUGGCUUGGAGACACACAUCGCGAACUCCUUCAUCAACUCACUCUUACAACUGUAUCGAUUCGUCCCUCUGGUUCGUAACGUUGCUAUACAACAUGCAGCUACCUCAUGUGUCACCAGCAAUUGUCUUCUCUGUGAGUUCGGCUUCCUGUUUGAUAUGCUCGAAAAGGCCAAGGGCCAGAACUGCCAAGCGACAAAUCUACUCCGAGCUUUUGGAGCUUCUCGAGAGGCGGCGAAUCUCAGUCUUUUUGAACAUUUGGCUUUGGCCAAUGGAAUCAGUUUGUCUACCACGAUCCAGGCCGUCAAUCGUUUCUUUCUCAAGCAAGUCGCACACGACUAUGUCACCAUGGCAGGGAGUAGUGCAGGGAUCGACGAUGUCCUUGCCAGCAACGCCUUUGAAGUUAUCCGUUGCAUGGCCUGCAACAAUGAAACUACCAAGCCUGCAGGCACGUACGUUCAGGACCUGAUGUAUCCUCAGAUUGACCCAAAGCAUCCGAUGAGAUAUCUCAAAUUUUCUUCUCUCCUCAAAUCCACGAUCGAACGAGAGGCCAGGAACCGAGGCUGGUGUAGCAGGUGCCGGAAAUAUCAGCAAUUGGCUAUACGAAAGACCGUCCAACAGCUACCGUCGGCUCUAAUCAUCAAUACGGCUCUCGGUAGCAAUGACCCCGUCCGUACGUUGUGGGAGACACCGGGCUGGCUGCCGUCGGAAAUCGGUAUUAUAGUUCAAGACCGAGUCGUCUAUGUUUUUGAAGGGUCUGAUCUGGCACUCCACAUCCGGAACAAGUCGCCUAACCUGGUGGUUUACGAGCUGGUUGGUUUUGUGGCCGAGAUUGACUCUAGUGAAAGACACGUACCUCACCUUGUCAGCAUGGUCAAUGUCGAGGUGUCCAACCCGACAUCAGACACAUCCCACAACCACAAGGUGUUCCCCAACUGGCAUCUCUUCAACGACUUUUUGGUGACACCGGUCGACCCUAGAGAGGCGCUGCAUUUCAAUCAAAAUUGGAAGAUGCCGAGUGUGAUCGCCUACCAGGUCAAGAGUGCGCACGGAAAGAUUGACCAGACGUGGAAAGACAAUCUCGACACCACACUGCUCUACCAACAUUACAGCAUCAACGGCCGAUAUCCCAAGGACGAAUGCAGGAUCUUGACGCCCCAAGAGCAUCCCCAGCGAGGGACACCCAUCGCGUUGGACACAGAGUUUGUCGAAUUGGAACGAGCCGAGAUCAACGUCAAGGCAGACGGCACACAGGAGACCAUUCGACCGGCCAAGUCCGGUCUCGCACGCGUGAGCGUGUUGCGCGGCCAAGGGGAGGAGGAAGGCGUGCCGUUUCUGGACGAUUACAUCACCAUAUACGAACCGAUCGUGGACUACAAGACCCAAUAUUCGGGUAUUCGACCGGGCGAUCUCGACCCGCAGGUGUCCCAGCACAACCUCGUCCCGCUCAAGGUGGCGUACAAGAAGCUUUGGAUCUUGUUGAACCUGGGUUGCGUGUUUGUCGGGCACGGCCUGGCGUCGGACUUCCGCAAGGCCAACAUCCACGUGCCCAAAUCUCAGACGGUCGACACUCAAUACUUGUACCUCGCGCCGGGCAAGAAUCGACGCUUCUCCCUGCGGUACCUGGCCUGGGCCGUGUUUAGAGAAUACAUCCAAGAAGAGGUCGUGCCGGACGACGGCCAGGUUGCCGCCGCCGCCGCCGCCGGCGGAGGGGACGGUCAUGACAGUAUCGAGGAUGCUCGGAUGGCCUUGAGACUCUGGCGCAAGUUUCAAGAGUACGAGGACGCGGGGAUUGUCGAACAGAUGAUCGACGACAUUUGGCGCAAAGGUACAAAGUAUGGAUGGAAGCCACCGCCGAGGAGCAUCGGAGGGGGCGGAGUGGGAGGAGGGACGUCGUUGUUGUUGUUUCCAGACGGGAAUGGUGGCGGUACCGGAGCGGCGAAUAGUGCCGUACCCAGUGGCAGAAACACACCCGACAUGCUUUCUUUUUCUACACCCACUUCACCACCGAUGUCAAAGACCGGUGGUGGUGGUGGUGGUGGUGUAUCUUCCGUCGGUGGAGGAGGAGGAUCAUCGUCGUCGUCAUCAGCAGCACCAGGAUUCAGGUUGUCAGCCGCCGCCAUAUCUUCGUUCGUCCCAGGAAAUGGACACGGUCGAGAAAGUCCCUUGCGUUGACUUCGGCCCUCGGGCAAAAGUGGUGGCAUCUAAAAUACCUCCCUCCCAUGUACUCAUGUACCUACCUAACCUAACCUAACUCUGAC